UCCCUCCCAACCGAUGUAUCUGCUGUUGCAUUGAAUCUCAGCCCCUCCGUUUUCUUCCUUCACAUGAAUCUCUUCAGGUGAUCUUCCUCCGGACUUUGCAUCCAUGUUGCGUUUGAUUGCCAAGUCCCUUUGCCUCCGGUGCCAGUGUACACCAAGACAGUGCUCGACACUGAGCUCAGCAGAGAACCAGCAGACCGUGGACGCUCUCUAUGAUCUCUCUGUGGACAUCCAGAAGGUCCGUCAACUAAAGACCUGGGUUCUGCAUGAGUGCCCGGCCUACACCAAGCAGAUAGCUGACCUGCUGAAGGACAUGGGAGCCUCGGGUUCAGUCGUUGCCCGUAUCCUAGCAGGUCACCCUGAGGCUGUCCUAUGUCAUCCGGAUCAGAUGCGGGCUCAGAGGGAGCUGUGGAUGACUGUGUGCCCAAAAGAGAAAGAGCUGGUUGGUAUAAAUGAGAAAUUUCCGGCCUCCUUCUUCACCUCUUCGAGCCACCACGACAACCAGCAUGACAACAUCGCCUACUUUCAGAGCCUCAACCUCAACAAUCGCAUCAUCACCAAGCUGAUGGCCAGCGCUCCACAGAGCUUCAGUCGGCCAGUGGAGCAGAACGAGCUGAUGGUGUGCACCCUACAGCAGGCUUACCAAGACCUCGGAGGUGAGGAGGCCAACAUGAAGGUCUGGCUUCAGAAGCUGCUGAGUCAGAACCCCUUUGUUCUCCUCAAACGGCCCGAGGUGCUGAGGCAGAACCUGCUGUUUCUGAGAGACAAGGGCUUCAGCCCGGCCAAGCUCCUGCGCCUCCUGUCCAAGCUCAGGGGCUUUGUCACCGAGCUGAACCCAGAGUGCAUGAGCCGAACUCUAGCGUACUCCCAGGACACCAUGGGCUGCUCCGAGGAAGAGCUGCGGGGAAUCAUCCUCAACUGCCCGGCGGUGCUUUACUACCCUGACGUUAUACUAGCCGAGCGCUUCAAGGGCCUCCUCGGUGCUGGAAUCAGCAUGCCCCAAAUCAAAGAGGCUCCGACCGUUUUGGAGCUGACGACGCAGAUAGUGAAUUAUCGCAUCCAGCGACUGAGGGUGUACGGUUAUGACAUAAGGACGGGUAGUCUUGAGGUCCUAAAUGGCACUAAAAAGGAAUUUGAGAUGAGCUAUGGAAAAUUAAUGUUACGUAGAGAAAGGCCAAUUUUUAACCCUGUUGCCCCUUUAAAAGUAGAUGACUGACCGAGGUUGUGUGGACUAAUACAACAAAUUAAGGCUGCUUUAAAUGUAUUGAGGAUUCUUUUUAUAUAUACGAAUAUGCAAUAUAUGUA